CAGCUCCACUGCUACGUUUUGUGAGCCGAUAGAGGCUGUGUGUCUGAGUGGGAGAUGGACUGAGUGAGGGCGCUCUUUCGACCUGUGCUGCCGAUAGCAGUGAAAAAUACCCACAAGCUAAGUUGAAAUAAUUGACGAUUGUAGGUCGCUGAAUCAACCAGAAAAACAUAGUACCGUCAUCAAUCUUUCACAUCCCACUCCAAACACACCAACACGGCAUUGAUGGUAAUGUAUGCAAGGAAACAACCGAGACUCGGCGAUGGGUGCGACCGAAGAGAUUCUCAGCCCUAUCAGGCGCUCAAAUACUCGUCCAAGAGCCAUCCAGGAGGGGACCACCGGCAUGAGAAGAUGCGAGACUCGUCCGAUGUCACUCCUCCCUGCAAGAUGCUCAGGAGGUCUGACAGCCCUGAAAACAAGCACAUCGACAGCACAGGGCACAGCAGAGCAAAGGCUGUCCACACACACCGGGCCAGAGACCGGGACGGAGGGACCAGUUAUUCUCCACAAGAAAACUCUCACAACCACAGUUCCCUUCAUAGCUCCAACUCACAUCCUAACCCCAGCAAGACCUCAGACACACCUUACGAACCCGGUGACGACUGGUCAGAGCACAUCAGCUCGUCUGGAAAGAAAUACUACUACAACUGCAGGACAGAGGUGUCCCAGUGGGAGAAGCCCAAAGAGUGGUUGGAGAGAGAGCAGAGGCAAAAAGAGGCAACAAAGACUGCGGUUGUCAACAGUUUCCCCAAAGACAGAGACUACAGAAGGGAGGCCAUGCAAGCAUCGGCAGCCCCCGGCUUCACCGGAGCAAAGUCGGCCCAGGCGGAGAAGCCUGCAGCGUCCCUCGCCUCCCAGUCAUCGUCCUCCGGCUCGGGGAGCUUGAACCCGUCAUCGGGGCCGCCCGGCUCGUCGGCCUCCACGGUGCCCGUGUCCCCGGUGCUGCAGUCCCCCACCCCCACGCUCCUCCAGGACCCCACCCUGCUUCGCCAGCUUCUCCCAGCACUUCAGACCGCCCUGCAGCUCAACAACGCCAGCGUGGACAUGGCGAAAAUUAACGAAGUUCUCACCGCUGCUGUCACACAAGCAUCAUUACAGUCGAUGCUCCACAAGAUCCUCACCGCUGGACCGUCGGCUUUCAACAUCACUACUAUCCUCUCCCAAGCCGCUCAGCUGUCCAACCAAGGUAAAGCAGCUCAGCAGUCAAACCAUUCGCCCAUGUCGUUAACAUCGGACGCCUCGUCGCCCAGGUCUUACGUGUCCCCGAGGAUCAGCACACCACAGACCAACGCUGGUCCCCACAAACCCCUCCUCAGCACGCAGCCCGUCAUCUCGCAGGCGAAAGUGAGCACGCAAGCAGGGAAGCAGGCCUCCCAUCCCCAUCCUCAUCCCCAUCCCCCGCCCACGUCCCAACAGUCCCUCUCCAGCGACAAGCAGCACAGUCAGGAUGCCACCACGGCCUCCCCGCGCACCGUCCAGCGCCACGGCAGUCACAGGAGUCCCUCCACGGGUCCCAACCACAUCUCCUCCUCCUCCAGCAGCAGCAACGCCCCCCACUCCGCCUCCGCUCCCCCCUCCGCCUCAGCAGCACGGCCCUCCUGCUCCUUCACCCCCACCCUCGCCGCCCACUUCGAUGAGAAUCUCAUCAAACACGUGCAGGGCUGGCCCGCCGAACACGCCGAGAAGCAGGCAUCGAGACUACGUGAAGAGGCUCACACCAUGGGGAGCAUCUGUAUGUCUGAGAACUGCACCGAGCUCAAAAACCUGCGCUCCUUGGUCCGAGUCUGUGAAAUACAAGCGACAUUGCGUGAGCAGAGGAUAUUGUUUCUGAGACAGCAAAUCAAAGAACUUGAAAAGUUGAAGAAUCAGAAUUCCUUCAUGGUCUGAGAACUUGUGGUUGCGAGUUGAAGCGAGAGUUUGGAGGGAGGGUGGGGGAGUUUAAAAAGGGUGAGGGGCGGGUAAGACCCAUUGCACAUAGGUGGAAGCUGGAGGGAGAGCGGUUGUUCGGUUCCCUCUGGAGUCUUAACAGGCGCAGGAGCUGCUGCAGUCGGGUCCGCUUCAGAGCGCUGGGCUCGGUGAACCAAGAGGGAAACCCGAAGAUGGGGGAGUGGGGGGGCUUUACAAGACUCUGUUUUGUAAACAUCCCCACGGCGGUGGAUUAAAAAAAUGUAGAUUUCUUGUAGAUGUUAUUAUCUAUGUUGUACAUACGUUUUGUAGAUUGAAGCCAUGGAAAGCCAUGCCUAUCAAAGCUUUUGACAUCCAAACUAAUCGACGCCUAGGCGGCUACAUUCAUUAGCUAGCCUCUCCUUCACGUUAACUCGUCUGCAGACUUGAAAGCUUCUUCUUUCUUUUUCUUUUUUGUUAAUUCAUGGAUCAUUGAACCAUUGAGCAUGCGCGACCUGCACGUCAGCGGAGGAUGUUCCAAAGCCAUGAAUUAAUACACACACACACAAGCCGAGCAUUAAAAAGCAGAACGCGCCGGCUCACGACGUAGUUUUUGUCCUCAUGAAAUAUCAGUAAGCUGAUCUACUCUUUGUCUAGACUCUCUGGGUGAACUGUAACCUGUACUCGGGCUCAGUAAACACCCACUCCCUCCUCCUCCUCCUCCUCUGCAGGUCUAUCAUGACUGCUCGCAACGGUUCAGUGAUCUACUUGCAGCUUCUGGUGGCCCUGCAUGUCCCAGUCUAGGAAAAAACAAAACAAAAAAGCAGUGCCUGGUGGUGUGGUGGAGAGUGAUUUAAAAAAAAAAAACUAAAAAACUAAAAAAAAAAAACUAAAAAAAAAAUAUUUAAAAGCAAAAAAAACGUGAGAUGUGAUGGCGUGCUGCUUUGGACCCCACACACACACACACACACACACACACACCUUCUCCUGAGGCAUUAACACUUCACACCCCCCUUUGUAGUGUUUGUUUUGUGUUCCAACAAUUUUUGGUUUCCCCCCCCCCCUCCCACCACCACUGGUUCAUUCCUUUUGUACAGUCGCUAACAUACAGUGGAGUUAUUCUUUUUCUUUUUUUUUUUCCAGAAGAGGACGCAGAAUAUAAAAGUUUUAUUUAUAAAGAGUCGUAGUGGCGAGCGGUAAAUCCCCAUCAUUUGCAGUUUAGGAGUGGAGCUCUGGGUUUAGAGGGGGGAGGGGGGGGGGAGCAGGGCAACAAGAGGUCACAAGGUGAAAUGUGAAAUGUAUGUAUUGUAAUAAAGAUGUUGAACUAAAGCAAGCGCUGGUUAUUUUUCUUGGGUGUGUUGAGGUUUGGUUCAUACGCUAGUGCCUUGUUGGAAGUCUUAAGUCUCACAGCCUCACUCCACACUUCAUUUCAUCCCGUUGGACCGGUGAGGAUGAGCAUGUCGUGCACGGGGGUGUGUCGUCGUACCCUUACUUGUUUUGUUCCCCACUGUUGAAGAGCAGGGUCCUAAGCGGCAAAGGCCUGUUUUUUUGUUUGUUGUUUCUUCUCCACCGUACUAUCUAUCGAGUCUAUAACUGAACCGCACCACACAUUCAGUAAAGGUGACCACAUCAUUGCUUUGUAUAUUGUUUCCUGAAGUAUAUUGACAAAUGAAAAUAAAAUAUGCCUCUCCAGGG